UGUAGUAUUCGUUAAUUAAAGGGGUUUACUAUUCGAUUUGAGGAUUAGAAUCUGUUAGUAAAUUAUUAAAAUGAAUAAAAUUAAAAAGAAAAGGAAAAGAUCUACGUACUGCUGUGUACCUCAGUGUCGUAAUUCAAUGAAGGAUGGUUUAAGUUUUCACCUUUUCCCUACCAAUAGUAACCGUAAAAAACUUUGGGAAAAUGUUCUGAAAUUGGACCAACCUGCAUCAGUUUAUAUGCACGUUUGCUCAGCACAUUUUACCCAUAAGGACUAUUUUCCAGGUCCUUUGAAAGUUAGAAGACGAUUGAAAAAAACUGCAGUUCCAAGUAUUAAACUUCCUGAGAGAAAGAAUAAUAUAAAUAUACAUGUGCCUCUUGAACAAACAAUCACAGAUCGAUGCUCAGAACCAACACAGAGUAGCAAUAACUUUUCAAUUACAAAGAUAGGCAUGAAUAUUGAUGAAGUUAGUGAACCAAAUGUCGCCAUGAAAAUUGAGGAAAAUUCUGAGUGCCGCUGUUGUCUUCAAGUUUUUGGAGCUGGUGCAAUUAUUAUCAAUUUAUUCGACGCUUGGAAUCCAAAAUUAGAAACCAUGGAAGAGACGCCAGCGGAAGAUUUGGCUAAAAUAACGCACAUUCAGGUAUCAGAAUCAGACACACAUUCCACAGUGAUAUGUCAAACUUGUUACGAUAGACUCCGAGAGGCAUGUAUGUUCGCUGCAAUGGUACGCAACAGUGAUUGCAUACUUAGACAAAGACAUUUAUUAAAUAUGAAUGCAAAUCAAAUAUGGCCUAAACCUAUACAAUUAGACAAAAAUGUUAAUGAAAACAUCUAUGAAACAACACAUGUAGAAAUCAAACGGGAAGUACUGUCUGAAGAGGAACAUCCAGAUUCCAAUGGUUUUGGGGAAAGUUAUACUGAUUAUUUUAAUUUGGAUAUCAAGAUUGAGCCUGAAGAAAUAAUGGAGACAAAACCUUCAGAAAUUAUUGUCAAUGGAAUAAUCCCAACACAAAAUAAAGUAGUACAUUCAUCAAUACCAAAUGGAUUUCACGAUAAUGAAGAAUAUGGAACAUUGGAACCAAUAAAAGAAGAACCUGUGAGUGAUGAUGAAGAACUACGCCAGGAUUGUACUGAUCUACCAUUAGAAUGUAUGCUGUGCACAAAGUCUUUCCACAGUUUAUCUGGAUUGAAGGUGCAUGUAAUUACCCAACAUUCCUACAAGACUGUAAAAAGGAAGAAUAGCAUAACUUCAUCACCUAAAAAGAAGCACAAUAAUAGCCACCACUGCACAAUAUGUCAGAGAAAUUUCCAGACUUCAACCGAUCUCAUAGUGCAUGAAACAUGUCACAACAAACACGUGUGUUACGGCUGCAACUCCAAAUUCGAUAGUUUCAGUCUAUUAGCGAAACAUAGAAAGAAGUGUAAAUCUAUCACUACUGAAACCAAGAAACCUUUAAUGUUGAAGGAUGUUAUUAGGUCCAAACCUGAGAAUUCAGAAGAAAAUAAUGAAGAUAGCGCAGCAGAUUUGUUGAGGUGUAAAGUUUGCAAUGACACAUUUUCUGAUGUGUACUACCUGAACAUACACGAGGAAAUACACCAUACAACUACAAGCGAGUCCACCAGAUCAGAGGAUCCACCAGCACCUAUGGAGGAUGAACCCUUGGAAAGCAUAUUCACUGAUCAAUAACGGAUUAACGUUUGCCUAUACUACAUUACUGGACUGGGUUAUGUAAAUAAAUAGCUUCAAAUAUAAUAAUAAUAAUCUCAGAACAAUUCACACUGCGCCAUCUAGUCCCAAGUCAAACUACCUAAAACUAGUGUUAUGGGUACUAGAUAACUAAUAAAAUACAUGGAAAAAUAUUUUUUUUCGUAAAUACGUAUAUUAUACAUAGAAAACACCCAGGCCGAUACAAACAAUCUUACUCAUGAAUACAAAUGUUUGUGCUUUGCAAGGAGUCGAACCCGCGACCAUCGGAAGUAAGGCGAUGUGCUAAACCGCUAGACCACCGAGGCCGUCAAAUGCAUCCAAAUACGCUUAAGCGUCAAUGUAUGCAAUAAUAAUUAAAAAAAAACACGGUAUAUAUAUAUUUUGAAAGCAGAAAUUAACUAUUCAAUGAUAUUUGACACUAAGGUAAAAUAUCCGGUUAUUGUGACUUACCUGAAUCAUUUGUAAUGGAUGAUGGCUGUGGCAUCUUGGUUCAAGAUGUUUUGGUAACCGGUUUAAAGCUCAAGUGUCUUCUAUAGUCUUUUAACUGAAUUACGUAUAGCUUUAACUUAGAUAUUUUUUUACCGCAACCUUUAAAAUUUAUGAGAAUUAAAUAGCCAUUUUACGAGAAUCAUAUUAUGAUUAAUUUCAUGUACAGUUGAGAAUAGUUGACGCAAGAUGCGCCAGAGAUGACGUAAUGUUACUACAAAUACAAGUUCGUUCGUUUACCAAAGUAUAUGAAAUACAUCAUUACUAUGACGCAUGAAAUAUAAUCUUUCUAAACUCCGAGAAUUUACAUUUUUAUGAUUUCGGGCUAUUAAUGAUUUAAAUAAUAAUAUACUGAUUGGUGUUUUAGUAAGAAAACAACAUACAUGGACAUGUAAUAAUUUAUAACAACGAUUUUAAAAUACUUGUUAGUUUUAUAUUCUCCUCAAAUUAUUUAUGUUUGCAAUUCAUUUAAUUUAUUAUCAGUUUUCGAUCAAAAUUAAGGAAAAAUAAAUAUAAACUACUUGAUAUGAAUUUUAGCAAUUGAGUUAUUAGUUCAUAAAUUGCUCAAUACGUAGCACUGAAUAAAUACUUAUUAUUUAAAUUUAAUUUAAUUAUUCGUGUUAAAACCCUUCUAACUAUAUUAAUAAUUUACAGUGAACAAAUGUUAGUGUACAUUACACAACACAAUUCCAUUCAAAUUUAUAGUUUUAAUUCAAGUGUACAGUUU